UGCUAGCCGUCCUGCACCAAUGGCGCCCGGAAACCGAGGCGUUGACGGACGACGCUGAGGGCGAGCCCGAUUUCCGGCCGCGGCAAAAUCGGAUCUCUCCACAUCGGCUGGGCGCACGGCAUUGUCGUAUUUAGAGAGCGCGCCAAAGGCCUGGAUGUCGAUCCGACCUCGGUGACGCCUUCUCUCUCAGAUCAAAGAUGAUGCUUGUGCGCUCUCGGGCUGCACUCUCGUCGCUGCAACGAACAGCACCGGCACUACCCGCGUGGAAUCGCAGAGGCGUCAAGAUGGCGACGUUUUCCGACCCCAACUUUGACUUCAAAGGCUACCUCGACAAUCGGCCGCGGUACCCCGAUAUUCUCUAUAACAAGAUCCUCGCCUUCCACCGGGGCGGGCAUGGCGCCGUGCUCGACCUCGGCUGUGGGCCGGGCCUCUCGGUGUUCCCCCUGAGCGCGCACUUCGAUCGCAUCAUUGGCACGGACCCGUCCGAGGGCAUGAUCCGCGAGGCCCAGGGCGCCUGGUCGGCCUGGAAGCAGACGCAGCGCGACUCGCCCCACCUGGCACAGAUCGAGCGGACAAAGGCGGAAUUUAGCGUGGACAGCGCAGAGGAGCUCCGCACCGUGCAGGACGCCUCCGUCGACCUCGUCGUCGCCGCCACGGCCGCACACUGGUUCGACAUGGACAAGGUCUGGCCGCAGCUGUCGCGUGUGCUGCGCCCAAAGGGCACCGUGGCCUUCUGGUGCUACGGCGCAAACUACCUCCCAGCGCACCCGUCGCUGCUGGCGCCCAUGUGCGAGUUCAUGUGCUCCCAGUCGGCAAAGAUGGGCCCCUACUGGCCCCAGCCGGGCCGCGCCAUCAACGAGAACCUCUUGCUCGACAUUGCCUUUCCGACCCGCGGAGACGGCGCGGCGGAAGCGGUGUGGGACACGUCGAGCGCGACGCGCGUCACGCACAAGCUCGUCAAGCCGGGCCUCGCCGACAUUGCCUGGACGCGCGGCGAGGCGCCCGAAGAGACGUUCCGGAUGGAGCACGUGAAGAGCUUUGAUUCGCUCAACGGCUACUUCCACUCGAGCAGCGCGGCUAUGCGCUACCUCAACAAGCAUCCCGAGCUCAAGGUCGAGAAGCCGGACAUGAUCGAUCGCCACGUCGACACUCUCCGGGCGGACAUCCUCGCCCAGCGGCGCGACGAUCCGCGCACCAACAAGGAGGGCCUCGACGACGACCACGUCAGGAUGGCCUGGCCGCUGGGUCUGAUGAUGGUCAGGAAGCGGUGAGGGGAG